GUAAGGCUGUGUCUUGCUUUUGCGCAUAGCUGAAUCUUUUUGUUUCGAACAUCUUGUAAGAUGGCGCUCCAUAUCUAAACGUCAUGAGAACUGUCAAUUCUUGCAUCUACAAAUCCAAAGUGCAAAUGUCAAAUCAACGAAAGUAAACAGUAAAAUUUUUUUCUACUUUCGUUUUCUGCAAACGGAUGUAGAGGUAAUCUCCUUAAUGUGAUUUUUAUGUACUUAAUACUACAUAUAUUGAAGAAAAAUGUCAGACGAAGAAGAUACUACAAUACUGUUAAACAGUGCAAAUAAAACUACCGAAACAUCUAUAAGUAAAGUCCCAAAUGAUUAUCAAUGUUUACCACCGAAAAAUUUAAGGAAACCACUUCCUAAACCAAACGACAACUUAACACCAUUGACAUCAGGAAAUAAAAAUAUUUUUGUUUCCAUGGUAGCAAUUUUUGCAGGUAUUGCUUUUGGAAGUGAUAUGGGUAUUGCAAAACCUAUAGCUCCUUUGAUAAAACAUGAAUUCAAUUUGAAUUGCUUUGAAAAGGAUUUUGUUAUUAGUAUUUGGUUCAUUGGAGCUCUUGUUGGUGGUUCAACGGGUGGUUUGCUAAUCGAUUCAUUCGGUCGACGUUGGACAAUGAUAUCAACGCUCGUUUUUCUAACUUUUGGCGCCACAUUAUCAGCUUUGGCAAAUCAUUAUAUCUUGUUACUUGUCGCUCGGAUAAUUUGUGGAUAUUCUGGAUCUGUUUCAGCAAUAGCUCACUGCAUAUAUAUGGCAGAAGUAUCCGAGCCAAAUAAACGCGGAUAUAAUAUAAUGUUAUAUCACUUGGGCACAGCUACUGGAUUCUUGGUUUCAGUCAUUGCUGCUGCUAUAAAAAAUAUAGACUAUCAGUGGCGAUUUUCCAUUGGUAUAACAGCUGUUCCUGCUUUAGCUGCAUGUAUAGUAACCAUUAUAUUUCUUCAACGAUCUCCCCCAUUCUUACUUUAUAAAAGAAUGGCAAACGUUUCGAAGACACCGUCCAAAAAAGCUUGGUAUACGAUUUUUGAGACUUUAACGAUCAUGGCUUUCUUACUGAUAUUGCAACAAGGUACUGGAAAACGACAAGUUUUGCAUUAUGCACCAAGAUUGUUUGCAUUAUUAGGCAUUUGCUCUAACGUUGCAGAAGUCACAGCUUUAAUAUCCCUUGGCAUCGUGAAGGUAUUUAGUACGAUGUUAUCUCUGGUUAUAGUAGAAAGAUGUGGACGUCGAACAGCUCUAAUUACAUCGGCAACUAUUUGUAUGACAACAAUAUCAUUAUUGUCUUUACUUGCUACGAUAGACAGGGGCGACGACAAUUUAGAUGUUGUAAAUAACCAUUGCAAGAAUCAUCAUAACGAAGAAGUUAAAAUUCAUUCGAUUUUACCUACUGGAUCACCACCACCGUUCCCUUUAUUGCCGACUCCAUUAGCUAUAGUCCCACCCAGCCCGGAAACCUGGACGCAAAUUAAAGCAUCUUGCGAAACACAGAAUAUUGCUGUUUCUGAAGGUCUAACAGGUGGUUUACGUAUUUUAGCAGUAAUAACAUUACUUGUAUAUGAAGCAGCAUAUGCUUUAGGACUUGGACCAGUACCACUUUUAAAUCUUACAGAAGUAUUUCCUGCAGCUAUACGGGGGAAAUGUAUUAGUUCCGUUUCUAUGGUAAUGUGGAUAACACAUAUUAUUGCCACGGAAUCCGUCAGUGCUAUGAUCAGAUCAUUGACAUUAGCCGGAUCCUAUUUGUUUUAUAGUUUCAUGUGCCUCGUUACAAUAUUUUAUGUUUUUUUAUUCAUUCCCGAAACAAAAGGUAAGUCUCUACAUCAGGUUGCACAAGAAUUACGGAAAAUUUCUCUUGGAACACGUAUAUGUAAUAAUUUACGUAGUUUACCGCUCAUUUGUCAUAUUCAAUGGAUUAGAAAAUAUGACGAAAACGCGAGUAACGGGCAAAGUACCCUAAUUUGAAAAUAAAAUUCCGACUAUCAAAGUAUUGGAUUAUCUUAAAAGUUUCCCGUAGUCUUUAAUUAUCAGGUUCAAGAUCAUUUGUAGGUCACAGAGAGUCACUAAACUUGUUUUAUAAUUGCUAUUCCUGUUUUAUAAUUGAUCGUUUCAAAGUCUUUUCAAAGUCAUUUCAAAGAGAUUUCAGUAACAUUACGGUCAUUCAAAGUGAACAGUUUAAAAACUACAGCAAGUUUCAGGAUAAUCCAAUAAUUACAUGUAAUCCCUAUGUGUCUACGAAAGUAUUCCAAAUACUAUUAACUUCAUCUCGUUUUGCAAAGUCGUAACUCUUCUAUAAAGUAUUGUGUUCAACAAAUAUUGCAUAAAAGUAACACACACGUAUUUCAAUAAAAUUUUCUUAACUACGGAUUAUUACAGAACAUAUCACACAAACGUAAUAAAGAAUAUCGAAAUAUGUAAAACAUUUUCGAUGCGAAAGACUGACUAGUUUUUGAAUUUCAACUGUUCAUCUUUUCUCAAUUUAUUAAGUAAAAGUACCUAAGUAAUCAUUUUUUUCAUUAUUUAUACAUGUCUUAUGUAUUUUAUUAUAAUUUUUAAUAUUAUUCAAUGACACUUUUUAUAAUACUCACUUCUAUGAAAAGUUUAAUUGAGAAGGUGUGAUUAGUAAUCAAGUAUUAGACUAGAUAUGUUGAGAAUUAGAUAUUUUAUAGUGUAAUAACAGAUCAAAUUAUGUUUAGAAAUGCGUACCUUAGAAAUUUCAAUAAGGAAAUGUAUAUGUUAUAUAAUAUAUACCACCUCAUAUUAAGAAUAGUCAUCUUUUUUACUAUACGUAUCGUUACGCGUAUAGAAUUCUUCGAAUAUUAAUUUUAUGAUGUUCAUUUGGGUGUUCAUUGCGAUUUCUCUACGUAUUACAAUAACGUGUAAUGUUCUUCGGUGCCAUUUAAAAUAAAUAUCACUAUGUAAAAAAUCUUUUAUUAUACAUAACAUUGCUGUAUAUAAAAAUAAUUUUCAUAUGUAUAAUUAUUGCAGAUUUACAAUAUUGUAAAAUGUAAUAUUGUACUUGGCAAUGAUACAGUUGGUUUAUGUACUUAAUAAAAUGUAUAGAAAAUA